UCGGUUCGAGCGACUAGAAUCAUCAAAAGCGGACGAGCGUUGAUCGGUUUAGUGUCCCGUUGAGCGUUGCCAAGUGAGGUGGUCGAUCGUCCAGUGGACAGCUGGAGGAACCUCGGAACCGAUGAAACAUGGAAGCACAAAUUGAAUUCAUCAAGACGGAACUGGUGCGCAGGGUGUUGGCCGAGAAUGCGUGCUUCCGGGGGUUGAAUGUUAUCAGCUGUGAGCUCACUACGCCAAAGCAACUCGAUGGUUUCAUGUCCACCAUCCAUCAGCUGGUACUCGUCGCCCGUGCGGACUCGAAUCGUGAUGAGGAAUCUACGAUACGGUUGCUGGUGAAGGUGAUGAAGGGAACCGAUACAUUCCGGAAGCAGAAUCUGGGUCACGUUCUGUUCCCGAACGAGAUCAAUAUCUACGCCAACGUGCUACCGGCGUUCGAUCGCUUUCUGGAGCAAUCUGGUAGCGGAUUGCGGCCUUCGGAAUGGUGUCCUCGUACGUACCUGAGCGACCAGGGUCACUUCCCUGGCUACAGCAGCAGCUUCGAAACGUUCCUGGUGAUGGAAAACGUUACACCGAGAGGCUUUCGUACCGGACCGAGGCUCGAUCUGGACGAGGCACAUCUCACGCUUAUGGCCGAAGUGAUUGCCAAGUAUCACGCCUGUUCCUAUGCGAUGCGCAUACGAGAUCCGCAGACGUUGGAGCAGCUCGUCGAGAAGAUCAUCCCGCUAAACUUCCUCCAGGAUGGGAAAGUGUUUUUCGAAAGCUACGACGUCGUGUUUCGGCUAGCGGCCGAGCGUCUCUUCAAUUACGUCGACGCUAACCCGCACGAGCUGGAAAGUGAUCGGUUCCGGUGUUGCGUUGACACCCUGCGCACCAAGUACGGUCCGAAGCAGUCGCUGCUGAUGCAACGGUUCCUCGAGCGUGAUCCGAUCUACUCGGUGAUCCUGCACGGUGACUAUAACCGGAAUAAUGUGCUGUUCCGGUACGUUGACGAUCGGCCGGUUGAGGUGCUGAUGAUCGAUUUCCAGGAAAAUCGUUACGGAUCGCCGGCUCUGGAUUUGUCGUUUUUCAUGUACAUGAACAUGACGCCCGAACUGCGGGAACGGUUCUGGGAUGAGCUGCUCACGCGCUACCAUCGCCAGCUGAUGCGGACCCUCUGCGAGAUCCUGCAGUGUCCGGAGACGGAUGAACGGUUGGCACCGUACCGGGAGGAUCAGUUUCGGCAACACUUUGCUCGCUUCGCACUGUACGGUGCAAUGGUGGCGCUGAAUUUUAUACCCUGGAUGAUGAGCCCCAUGGAGGAGUGUGCCAAUGCUGGGGCAUCGUUCGAGCAGGAUGUGCAUUCCGAGGAGUUCCGACGCUGUACGCUCACCGUUGGUGGGGAGCCGGUGAAUCGGCGUAUAACGGCCGUGAUGCGCCACGCGUGUAAAAUGGGUUAUAUGGACAUGAUGUAGGAGAGAGCUAGUGAUAUCGCUAUACUUUUACGAUGUUUAAAGGCACUUCUUGUUCGGUCUCAUUUUAAAAAUUAUUUUGGAUUACAUUAUUUGAAUAAAUGCAUCCCGUAAAAUG